AUGGGGCGCGGAGGCGGGCUUUCGGUGCGUCAUGGCGCUGCCGUGGUGCAUGUUCGCACGGUGGACGAGGCGGCCGAGCUCGUGGUGAAGAUCGGGCUGCAGGGCAGAAAGGGUGAAACCAACGCUUUGGAACCCUUCGAGUCGACCAUGCGGCGCGCUGGUCGGCUUUUGGGCCUGGGCCGCAAAGCGAGCUCCGAGGAGGUGCGCCGUGCUCUCGCGCGGCAGGGCGACUCCGCCCACCUCGAUCUCGCCAAGCGCUGGACUACAGCGCGGGCUGGGCGGCGCGCGGCUGCCCACCCGGAUCCCGAUGUGUACGACGACGUCAUCGAGGUGCUACAGGCCAUCGGGACGUCCACCCAGCAGGGCGAGACGAGCGACUCCAUGGCGGCCGAGCGCGACGGCUCGGACUCCGACGGGGUGAGCACCAUCGCAACCUUCGAGGAGCGCAUGGAGCAGAGGCUGGACGACAUCAAGGAGUUGAUCAUGCAGGUCCGCGCAGACGUGCUGUUGCGGGCGGAACCCAUCGGCAAGAGGGACGUGCAGUUCUUCGACAUCGGGGACGCCAGCGGCUCGGAGGGCGCACCCGCACAUGAGGAGCUGGACUGCCUGGGCUCGAACCUUGGCGCGGCGGCGUCGCAGCUGGAGAAGGACGAGUCCAUGAAGAUGGAGGCGGAGAAGGUCGUGGAGUCCCCGGCGAUGCAGCCUUUGCCGGCUGCCUUCCCCGAGGGCGUCGAGGGCAUGACGAUCCAGUUCGAGAGCAGCGACAUCGGUGGGCUGCUGGCGUCCCUGGAGGUGGGCUCCUUGGACAGCGGUUUUGCCAAUCAGGUCGAUGGCGACGACAUGGGCAGUUACAAGUUCCCGCUGGGAGCGGGCUUUCACUGGCAACCGAAGGCGAAGCUGCCUUUGGACCUGGCAGGCACGGAGGCCAAGCUCGGCCUCGAGAACUACUGCUACACCAUUCGCAAUACCGUGCUGGAUGAGAAGAUGCAGGGUCUCAUCGAGUACGGCGACAAGGCGAAGAUCGAGAAGGCGGUGCAGGACGCCCUCCUCUGGCUGACCCGGCCAGACACCGCGGGCGCCUUCAGCUACGAGAGCAAGCUGAAGGAGCUGGAGGGUUUCGUCGGCCCGAUCAUCACGACGGCCAUGGACAACUGGAAGCAGGCGCCGUCGGAGGUGCCGACGAACCAGGAGGACAUGAACAUGAGCCUCGGGAAGAGCGACACCGAGGCGAUGACCAUGAGCGGGGUCAAGGUCAAGGAGUCUUCCGAGGGCGAGCUCGAGGACACAUUGCCGCCCGACGCUUUCGACGAGCUUAGUGCGUUCCUCGAGGCGGCGUCGGCGGCGUUAGAGCUGGCCCAUUAG